AUGCAAAACGGAAAGCUCAAAACGCAACCGUAUAUGCUUUCACUCGCAACUACCCUUUGGCCUGAACUCUCUGUCCUUUCCUCAUGGCAAUUUGGGGUUUUUCAACCAAAUUAGGGCAUUGGGACUCCCCUGAUUGAUGCCUAGAAGCAGCGGAGAAGAUGUAAUUUCACUGAGGUUUUCGGCUUUUCUUCCCUUUUUCAUCGUUUUGGUGACUGUCGACUGCUAGGGUUUUUCGUUUUCGUGGGAUUUUUUUUUUGGGUUCGCAUGAAGGGUGCGUUGGAUCGGACGAAGGUCGUGCUGCGGCACUUGCCUCCGACCAUUUCUAUGGCUGCGCUGCUGGACCAAAUCGAUGGCUCCUUCGCUGGGCGCUACAAUUGGGUUUCCUUUCGUCCUGGCAAAACCGGGUUUAGCCAGAAGAAUCUAUCUUAUUCUAGAGCCUACAUUGACUUCAAGAAGCCAGAGGAUGUUGUAGAGUUUGCAGAGUUCUUUGAUGGGCAUAUCUUUGUGAAUGAGAAGGGAACUCAGUUCAAAGUCAUUGUUGAAUAUGCUCCUUCUCAACGUGUUCCAAAGCAGGUGUCAAAAAAGGAUGGCCGUGAAGGAACCAUAUACAAAGAUUCUGAGUAUCUGGAGUUUCUUGAAGUUCUUGCCAAGCCCAUUGAGAAUCUUCCUAGUGCUGAGAUACAGUUGGAGAGAAAGGAAGCAGAACGAUCUGGAAGUGGUACAAAAGACAUUCCUAUAGUUACACCAUUGAUGGACUUUGUGCGUCAGAGAAGAGCUGCCAAGGGAUCACGGAGAUCAGUGUCUAAUGGAAAAGUGAGCAGAAGGGUCGGUGCAUCAUCAAGUGGAAGUCCUAGUUCUGGUUCAUUAAGACGAGGCUCUGGGAAGAAAAGGGUUUCCACCACAAUGUAUGUUAUAAGAGACCCUGGUAAAAGUGCUACUGUAAAAGACAAAUCAACUUACGUUCUUGUUCCAAAGCAAGGUGAUCAACAUCUUUCUGAUAGAAUUACAGUUACAGCCACUGGUGAUGGAAAUCAAGCAUUGGAAGAUGAGAGUGGAGUUGCCGGACCUAAUGAUUCUGGGAAGAAGAAAAUCCUGCUUCUUAAAGGGAAAAAAAGGGAGACAAUUACUGUGUCUGAUUCCGAUAGCAUGUCACAGAUGCACAAUUUAGCUUCAGCUAAGGCAGCUUCUGGCUUAACCACUUCAAAGCAGAACCAGCGCCAGGAAGGUAGUGGAAGAAUAAUUAGACGCAUACUCUCAAACAAGGAAUUACGUCAAAGCCAGUCAUCCAGGCCCCACUCUGAGCAGCAAAUUCCAGCAUCCAUUUUGGAGAAGGAAAAACGGGCACCUCGUCCCUCACAUGUGCAAUUGAUUACAAAGGGUUCAAAUGGGGCUCCAGAAGAUAGGAUUAGUGCGAAUGAUAUGCAUGUUUCUAGUGAGAGGCAGGGGAGUCAUUCCAGAAACAAGGACAGGCAUGAUCGUGGCAUAUGGUCAUCUUUUUCUAAUGGAAAUGAUGACUUCUUGCCAUUGUCUGCAACCUCACAAGUAGAUUCUACCAAAGGAAGUCACACAGAGUCUAAACAUGACAUGUCAGAUGCAAAAAGAGGGGAUAUAAAAAUUCUUGGAAAUGCGCGUCCCAGUCAGUCAUCAGAAAAUGGGUUCAGUAAGCAUCUUGGUCGCCGUGGACCAACGCAUGGGAUGAAGGAUGCUGAUGGCUAUUCUAAUUCAAGUGAAGGGAAGCAUCCUAGAAGAAGCAGUGCGUCUGUUUAUGGUUCACAUGAGAAACAAGUGUGGGUGCAAAAAGCAAGUUCUGGCACAUAAAAUAUCUAGAUUGAAAAGCAUGCUGACUUACAUUUUUGGAGCAUCUUUAGCUGGUGGCUGGAUUCUGUCGCUUUUUUGGUUGACAGAUAAUUAUAAGUAAAUGAGUUUGUGGUCAAAAAAGGCUCUUUUUCAAUACAACAGAGGAAAGUACAGUUGAUCCAAAUUGAUGCAUUUGAGUUACCUACAGCCUUCAAACAUAACUUCAUUGGAGAUGGCCCGGAGUAAUGAGAGAAGUGAAACGAGGGUGGUAUCACAAAUUAUGAAAUGCCCCUUGUAGUGGAUGAGUCGCUGCCUGCUUGGUGACUCAUGGAUAUACAUACUUGCCUAGCCUUGAAGUUUGACUGAGUAACGGGUAUAGUCAGGUUUUGUAGAUGGGUCAUCUUCUGCAGUUGAAUUGUAAAUAUAAGAACAGGGCAUUGUGUAUUGCCUGUUCUUUUUAGUUCUUAUAUAUAUACAUUAACAUUGGUCUGCCAAAUACAAAGUGAGUGCCUGCGUAUAACCCUGGACAGUUUUGGAAGAUAUCUACUCAGUACUUGAUGAGAUGAAACACAUAGGGCCAUUUUGUAGGCUCUCCUCUAGCCUUGAGGAUAUGUGAAUGGAGUUUCUUGUAGUGGCUAGACAUGGGAAUUACUAUAGGUGGUUGGUUGGUGUGGUAAUAAGGAUUGAUGCGGUGUUGCACAAGUUAUUACUGUGUGGAUGCUACCUGAUUUUGGCUCCAAAAGAAUAUAUAUACCCUUUGUACACAGGUUGUGUGGUGUUGGAUUUCUCAGCAGAACAUAGCUGUGUUACGUGGCUGGUUCAUUAUAUGUUCAAUUAAUUUGUUUGGGAA